GCGGGGCCUUGGCGGAAGCGGGGCGGGGCGCGGUCUCUUUGGUGCUGGCGGCCGGCGAAGAUGACGAAGGGUACAUCUUCGUUUGGUAAACGACGAAAUAAAACACACACCCUGUGUCGUCGAUGUGGGUCCAAGGCGUACCAUCUGCAAAAAUCGACCUGUGGGAAAUGUGGUUACCCUGCUAAGCGUAAGAGAAAGUAUAACUGGAGUGCAAAGGCUAAAAGACGCAACACCACUGGUACCGGUCGCAUGAGGCACCUGAAAAAGGUCUACCGUCGAUUCAGGAAUGGAUUCCGUGAGGGAACCACACCGAAGCCCAAGAGAGCAGCUGUUGCAGCCUCCAGUUCAUCUUAAAGACUCAUCUGUUUGUUAAAAUAAAUGGUCUUAUCCAGAA